GAGCGGACAGUGACACGUUGCAUGGUGGUCAUCCGCAUGGUUUCGCACACAGACGCGUAGACAGUGCGUACUGCACUGUUUUUCUGUCUCUAAACUUAUGUAUCUGCGCAAAAUUGCUGUACUUCUAUUGACGAUCAUUUUGUUCUUAGAUUUUGCGCUGUUACCUGUUUACUAGUUAAAUAAUGUGUCACAACUUCUUAUAACAUAUUCGGUAUUUAAUCGAAAAAUGGAUGCCCUGGAACGGGACUACAACGGUGCAAUGUCCAAACCUUGCAAAAUUUGGGAUUUCAAGAGGACGAUGAAAAAAAGUUGUGUUGUUUCGAAUCUUGACACACUGAAAAUUGAAGGAAAACGAAAACUCGCCAUCGACGCUGAUCAGCCAAUCCGUGUAGUUCUGGAAGAAGACGGCACAGAAAUCGACGAAGAAGAUUAUUUUCAGUUAGUCCCGGAUCAUUCGACGUUUAUCUUCCUUAAAGAUCAGGAAAUCUGGAUGCCUCGAAUAUUCUAUGAGCGGCCCAACAACAUGUGCUGUAAUACGAGUUGUCCACGGACUCAAGCCAGUACAGCAGAAUCCACCUCUGGGUCUUCCGGCGCGGAUUCUGUCGAUUCUGGCAACGUCCACAACCGAGCGUCUCACUUAUUAGACCAGUUGUGUACCGGAAAUGCCUACAAGCAGCUCUUGCCUUGGCUUCUUUUACGUCCUACCGAUUUGGAGGAAAUUGUAAAUGCCGAUCCGCAGUUGUUGGCACUGAAGUAUCCUAGAGAUACUGUAGAUGCCAUCCAGGAAAUGUCGCACAAGGCACUGAUGGACUAUAACGACGCUCAAAAGGCCGUACGGAUGUUAAGUUUAUACGAUCAAGCGGUGAAUCACCAGGGAAAUAGCAAAGGAGCAUGAGAUUGCCUACUUCAUUGGUUUCGGGACCAUUAUGGAAUGUUCAACGAAUUGUUCAUCAGUGAAUGCCUCAUAAUGCCACUAAUCUGAGUGUGCUGUGGCGCAAUCUUGUUAGCAGUUUUUUAUUGAUCUCAUUUUCUGUUUUCCAUGCUGCAUGGUUUGUACAUUUGCUACAAUUUUUUGGAAGUGUUUAUUGUUUCCAUUCUUCCUUUUUCAUAAUCAGGCAUAUAGUGGCCAUGGGAGUCGAAAGUGUUUAUUUUUUACGAAGAAGAAUUGGAGAAAUGAGUAAGGAAAAGUAAAAAGCCAGCAAACUGAA